AUGUGCUCCAGCCCUGGGGAGGAGCUCUGUCUUCUCCUGGCAGCGGGUGGUGUGGUGGCUGGGGACAAGCAGGGGAAGCUGCUAGGGGUCUUUCCAACCCGGGCCGUGUUGCUCCCAGGCCAGCCCUUGGAGGGACCUGGCACCUGCAUCUGCACUGGAGCUGGGCCAGGCCCCGAGAGCGCGGACGAACUGUCAGAGGGCCGCACAGGGUCUGCCCGUGAACAGCCUCUGGCGGAGCCCAGCCUGGAUGGACAGACUCUUCUCCUGGUGUGUGGUUCUUCCCCAGCGCAGCACAUGGACGGGUCACUCAUCGCCCUGGACCUGGCCUGGGUUUCAGAGGGCCUUAGAGCCGCCCAAGCCCAGGAGCCCUUUCUCCAGGUGCAGACAUCCACGCUUCCGCUCCGGGGGCUGGCUGGGGCCCCUGGGCUCCUGCUGCCACUGCUGUCCCAGGAAGCUCCCCCAGAGGAGCUCCAAGACCUGCUGGACACCAGGUCCACCCCUGCCCCCAGUGCUGCGGCACAUCCCAGCUGGUGUUGUCACCAGACAAGGAGUCCCGACGCCUCCCCGCGCCAGGGGUCUCCAUGCACUUCAGAUCCCCCAUAUCCCAUGGAAGGGUCCAGCUGCAGAAAAGACACUUGGAACAGGGGAGGAGGGACCCCAGCAGGGGGAGCUGGACCCGGGGAGGCGAGGACCUCGGGCAGGAUCGAGGGAGAGCUUGGUGGCAAAUGCCAGCCAGGUCAGGAGAGCUGUGAGGACCCGAGUGUGGGGAGUGGGGUCUGCUCUCCAGGGGGCGUGGGGGACCAGAGUGUGACUUUGGAGACACAGGCCACUGCCUACUGCCCUUGGCUCUGGCAGGAGUGUCCAGCGCCUCCUUUGCAGGGGGAGGACUCCACAGAGGAGCCUGAACCCCUGAGCAGGAGGCAGAAGGUGGGAGGCUGUGGCCGGGGCCUCCUGGGAGGACUGUCACCAGAGGAAGAGGCUCACGGGACUAGCGCUUCACGGCCAGCUGGUGGUCAGCUCCCUGCAGGGAGGAGCAGAGCCCUCGAGAGGCGGGUUCCAGGCAAGCAGGACAGCCGACAGGGGUGUGGAAGUGCUCUGCGUUCCCCAGAGGGAAGCCCUGGGGCUGGGGGACAAGAAGAGGAGGAGGAGGAGGGGCUCCGUGGAGAAGCCUCCAGUCUGGGGAAUGGGCCUGUGCCCCGGGAGCUGGACUUCAGGCAGUGCCAGGGCAAGGAGACUCUUCCCUCGGUGGCAGGGUGUGGCUUGCCGCAGUCUCCCAGACUGGCUGUUCCAGGUGAAGACACUGGUCCCCCUCGGGCUCUGAGCAAAGGACAGGAUAGAUAUUCUCUCCAAAUAGAUGCACUUGAGCGGGACGUGGAGGCCUGUUUCCAGCAACUGAACACCCUGAAACUUGGCAGCCGGGGUCACCAGCGGGAGAUGGCCCUCGUGGUGGGAGAGAACUGGAGCUUUGCUCAAAGGAGGCAGAGCAGAGGUGAGGAGAGUGGAGAGGCCACCAGCCUCGAUCAGACUGUGGCCCGGGACACCAGCAGAGCUGUUGCAGGGACGUCCCCUGAUCAGGAGGAAGCCAGCCUGGACCCUGCAGAGCUCCACAGGGACGCGCUCUCCACACUCUGGCACACCCUCGAGAGGGCCAGGGCCGCGUUGCAUCAGCUUCUUUCCUCACUGAAGAAAGCGAGGAGCCCGGUCUUAUGUGACAGGGCUGCACCUCGGGAAGACCUAGGGGGAUGCUCUCCUAAAGCUUGCCAUCUCGAGGCAGAGGGCCCGCGACGCGCAGCCCGGGUGUGCCGCCUCCAGCAGGCCAACCGGGCGCUGGAGGGAGACCUGGCCCAGCUCAGGAGGGAGCUGGGCCAGUACGCGCAGGCCAUUUCCGACCUGGAAGAGUGCAAUGUGCAGAGUUACGGCAAGAUCUCGGAGCUCAAGGAGGAAAACGACAAACUGAAAAGGGAUCUGGGCCAACUCCGGAGGGCCAUGUCCCAGAGCGCCAGGGAAUCCCGCGGCCCCGGGGAGCACGUCGCCCUGGAAAGCAGGGAGCUCAAGGCACCGAUUUCGCAGCUUGGGGUCAGCUAUAAAGAGCUGGUAAGGGGUGUGGGGCUGGGGGUGGAAGGCAGGGUCCGGGCCUCCCAGGGGGAGAACGAGCGCCUUCUACGCAGGGUCCGAGCCCUGGAGCAGGAAGUGGCCUUGCAGACCAGGGGGGACAGGGCACGCUCGUUGGGAGGCCGUCAGCAACCCCAGGAAAGCACCAAGGCGGCGGUGGACAAGGUGUGCACCAUGGACAGAGGGGUGCAGGUGACUCCCCUCUCGGAGCAGCAGGUCACAAGCCCCUGCGGGCCACCCUUGGAGGAGGCAGUGGGCGUCCCUGGAGGGCAGACAGGCCCUGCCUCAGACCUGCAGGAUCCCGGAUGUGGCGCUGGUACUACUGCUCCAUCACUGGUCUGGAGAAAUGCUGACGUCCCCCGUGUCCUGCGAGGAAGGGGCGGAGCAGGAGGAGGAGCAGCAUGUUUGGAGGGAGAGGAGAAAAGGCCAUGGUGUUCCCACCAAGGGCACGCUCUGAGGACCUCACGCAGCGGCCCCCAGCUCCAGGACGCAGAGGCCGAGGCCUCCGAGGAGGACCCCAGGCUGUGUGUCCAGCGGCUCCGUCACCAGAUGCAGACCCUGAAGUGCCAGCUCAGAGACCAGGGGUGGGUGCACCGGGAGCGGCAGGAGGAGCUCAAGGGCAAGCUGGAAGAGCUCCAGAGAAAGCAGCAUGAGGCCGACGUGGCUGUGGCCCCGCUGAAGGCCAAGCUGGCUUCCCUGGUCCACAAGUGCCUACGGAGGAACCACCUCAUCACCCGGCUACUGCAGGAGCUGGGCAGACACGGGCCCGUCGACCUCUUGCUCUCUGAGAUGGCCCAGAACAUGGUCCACGACGUGGCACUGUCCGAGUAUGCUGCUGCCUUCCUGAGCCCUGGACUCCCAGAGACAAGCCACCACCUGGACGUCGGCUCCCAGGGGACAGCAGCUGCAAGAGUUCAGGAACAGCUGCCGAGUUUUGAAACAGACGGUGUCCUCCAAAGCCCGUUUCGCUCAGACUCCUGGCCUUUUCCCAAGGCUGAGUGGCCAGCACCGACAGCUCGGCUGGAUUCGCCAAAGACUGCAGCAUCACUCAAUACGGCGAUACCCAGAUGCAGAUACUUAGUGCAUGAGCUUACUGAAGACAAAGCCCCAGGCACAUGCAGGAGCGUGGCACUCCCUGGAAACACAGGCUUCUGAGGAAGGAAGACGACACAGAGGCAAUCACAUCAUCCCAGGAAUAUUUACGUCUCUCCCAAGUGACCGAGGGAUUUACGAUCCCUCCCAGAGAGUCACAUUCCAAGCCAAGCCUGCUCAGCUCGAUGAUGGGGACACCUCUACCUUGAUGGUACCAGCAGGGAGCCAAAGGCGUGACACAGGAAGGCUGUGUUAGCACCAGGGGUCGGCGUGAGCCUGGGGUCUGGAGUCCCGAGGAUCUGUGGCUCUGCCACUCCUAAGCCACGUCACGUGGAGCUGGUCACUUACCUUCCUGGAAAGAGCUCUUCAUCAUCUGUUUGAGGGUCCCCCUGCCUACUGGACAGCUGUGCCCUGAGGACCAAGUGUGCUCAUGGCUGGGAAGGUGACUCCAUCUCCUCCCAGUGGCUUUAGGGACUUGGUGCAUCUUGGGCUCUACGUGGUCCCUCCCAGGGUAGGUGAAGGGACCUGUACUGGAAUGGUUUCAAAGUGACCUCAGUGAUCACAUUGACACUGACGUUUCCUGCAGAGGCUCAGCUGAGCUGAGGACCUAACUGUGCAGAGACUUCGAGGGAGAGGCCCUGGGUCUCCGCAGAGUCUCAGAGGAGACUGGACCCCAGUGGUCAGGCGCCCCUGGUCCGGGAGAAAGGGCCCUGGUGGGGAGCCAGACACCAACUCUGUCUCUAACUUGCUGGUGACUUCAGGCCGCCCCUUGGCCUCCACGGGCCUCACUUCCUCAUCUGUACAGUGGGUGUGACCACAGCCCCCUGGGCCCCCUGUAGCUCUGACGCCUGCUGCAACCCUCCCGGUGUCACGCGCACGUUGCUGGGUUCCCACUGCGCAGCAGGCACUGGCUGGUGGGGAGGCCCCAGACCAGCCUCCCUGCUCUGGGAAGAAGGGCGAGCUCUUCCUUUCCACACACGUGUCACUUCAAGCAACUUACGUCCACUUAUAACUUACAUCCCCAAAUACCCACCCCACGCCAAAGGACCCCAAGCACGGCACCCCGGUUCCAGCAGUUUCCACCCAGCAAGGGCGUCACUGCCCAGGAGUUGAGCUCUGACCAAGGCUGCCCUCUCCCUCAGGUGACUUUCCCUGUGAGCUUCAUGACUGUGAGGCCAGCUUACGUGGACAGCUGGGAAGUGGGGGUGGCGACUGGGGACAGGUGACCUCUAAGUACCACCUGGAAGAUGCAAAGAAAAGCCACUGCCUGUUGAGGCCCAAGCCACUUAUUUCCUGGUCGCUGCUGCUGUGAGACAGGAGUCCAUGGCAGGAGGCAGCCUGGGGUUGGGGCCAGCACUAGUGUCUUGGGUGGCAGCAGAACUGGGGGUAGUGGUCAGUGAGGGCGAGUGACAGACCUUGCGCUUCUCAGCGCAGCAGGCACACAGCCUGUUUUGUUUGGUUUACGCCUUUCCGUUUGUUGGGUGGGCUGGUUAUAGUGAAGUGAGCACAGCCUGAAACUCACCGUCUUAAACCAUCUUAACGAGGCAUCUUGAGUCCGGUUCAGGGGCCUUGAGCACAUUCAUUGUGCCCCUGUCACCCCCACCACAUCAGAAACUUCCCAAACUGAAGCACCGUCACUAGCUCCCUGUCCCCUCCCCAGACUCCAGCCACACCACUCUGACCUGUCUCCAGGGACCUCCAGCAACUGGAAUCCCAUGGUACUUGUCCUUUGGUGACUGGCUCAGUGCAUGUGCAGGACGUGUGCAGGUCAGCUCGUGGUGACGCCCGGCUCAGCGCAUGCUUCCUGCUCAAGGCUGAGUAGUGUCCCGCCCCAGGGAUGCACCACGCGUGAUCCAUUCCCUCACCACCCAGCACAGCUGGCUGGCCUCCACCUCACGGCCAUCGUGAAGGAAGCUGCUGGGGACGUUUCUAAAAUUAUAAUGAGCAAGUGACCUUUAAGAGCCAGGAGAUUUCUUAUAUAAUCUGGAUGUCUGGCUGCCUUGGACAGUUGGUAGCCCUGGUGACUUUGAACCCGACCUUCCUGGCCACGGUCAUGGCUACCUGAGGUCAGCACCCCGCUCCCCGACCAGCACUUGGCCCAGCGGGCCUCAGGGUCCCCCAUGCCUUCUCCUCAACUCACCACGAGCUACAAGUCUCCACCUGCUGUCACCUUUGUAUUGUGGGUGAGAAUCCAGAGGCACAGAGAGGGACAGUGGCCUGGCCCGUCCCGCAGGUGGGCAGGCAGAAACUGCAUCCCCCAGGGGUGGUCCUGGACCGGAAUUGCAGUGCCUGGGCUGGACCCUCAGCUCUGCUGCCACCUGUCCAGCGACCUGGGCAGAGCCCUUAAUGGUUCUGAGCCUUGGUCCCUGCUGUGGAGGACGGAGAGGAACGCAGCCCCUCUACAGCCUCGGGUUGAAGAUGGAAGACGGGCACACGUUGACUGUGAGCCUGGGCGGGGGCUGGCUGUGGGGCACCUCCUAGCAGGAGGCUCUGGGUGUGAUCCCAAGGAGGGGGCGGGGAGAGGGAGAGAGACCAGGCUGGGCAUCGGGAAGCACGAAUAAGAGCACAGGUCGCGUCAGGUGACCUAGUGUGUGGGAGCGGGCACCAGCAGGUGCUUCACAACUGCUCCUUUCUAACAAGUGGGGCCUGUCUAAGGCUCCAGAUCUCCUUCCUGGCAAGAUACAUGACAUUGUGGGAACAACCUGGCUUUAGGAAUUGUGAGCAUGAUUUCCAAACCCACCCUGAGCAGGCCUAGCCCCCUGUCUGAUCUGCAAAGUCCUCUCUUGGUAAGUGGGGGGCCAUAUCACUCUCCUCGCCAGCACCAGGAGAAAUGAGAAAUGUCAGGUUCCUACACUUAGUAUAUGCUCAAUAAAACCUGGGUCCCUUUCUUCCCUUCCCAAGCAGAAAUCUGCCACCUAGGUUAAAAGAAUGUCACGUUUUUCCAAAUGUUAAAAAAAGAAAUGAGAGAAAUCUGUCUUCUAGUGCCCCCUGCCCCCAGCACACUCCACAGGUUCUUGGGGUAAGGGUUGGCCGCUUAACAGGUUUCAUCCCUUCACUUAACCAACAAGCCCAGGUGCCAGGCGCGGCAGUAGGCCCUGGAGUCAUAGGAGAGGGCAAAGCGCUCCAAGUCCCCACCCUACUGCAGCGGAGUUCCCAUUGGUCAACAGGUCAGCGGUGCUGAGCACUUGGUAAGUGCCCCCUGAGCUGGCUUUGUGCAGGGCCUGGCUUUACCCUUGGGUUUGUUGCUGGGGGAUAGGGGCACCCUCUGUUCUGGGCCGCGCCUGCUGCUUCACCAGCCCCAGAUGGAAAGCUCCCCCUAAGGCCCCAGCCAUCGCCUACCACUGGUCUUUCUGCCACUCACGCUGUUACUGUUACUUCUGUCCUUUCCAGAGAGGGCCCCAUGGGGUGAGUAGUCCAUGCCACUGCACAUGGGGGACCCUGGCAGAGACCCCCUCUUUGAAUGAAUGAAAUGGAAAGGUAGAUGGGAAAGAAUUUUGUGUCUCAUAAACAUACAGGAUAGGUGCUUGUGACUGUCCACAUGCUCCACGGAGGACAGAUAGCACCUGGCUGAGGAGAAGACCAUUAGGGUUUAAACCAGAGGGACCAGGCUGCCAUCUGAGUUCUGCAACUUACUAACCCUGAGGCCAGGGGAAGGAACUUCCCCUCCCCUGUUUCCUCGUCUGGCAAAUGGGGGUAGUGAAAUAGCUGCUUCUGCACGUGCUGUGGAAACAGUGGACACGCUGGGCAGAGAAGCGCCUGUCAGACCAGUCAGGUCCUCAAUUCAGUGCAAACUUAUUAGGCACCUACUGUGUGCCGUUAUGAGCAUGGUGAUGAUCUGUCUUAGGACAAUUUGGAAAAAGUCCCCAGGCAAAGGGAGAAAAGACUUGCUUGUCAGAUGGUUGUACUGCACAUUCAUAGAUUAUGAUUAGCAACAGCCAGCCAGUUGGCAUGGUAACGUUCCCCAUGAACCACUAGGCAGUGUGCUUAAAAUAGGUACGCUGAAGGUGCGGUGGCAGCCGGGAGCGAGGCAGCGUGGGCAGAUGGCUCUGUGGACUGACUGGGCCAUGUGCUUGGGGGGUCACUCCUUGCCCUUGCCCAGCAGGCCAGCAGAGUAGGCACUGAGCUAACAGGUCCAGAAGCACCCUCUGUGGGCGCUGGCAAGGCCUUAGACUUUAGGAUCAAUGUCCACCUUUCCUCAUUCUACAGGGAGGAAACCAAAGCCAGUGGGGUUCAGGGGCACCUCCAGGUUGAUUUGGAGUCUUUACAGAGGAUUCCCAGCCGGGCCACCAUGCAGGUCCCUCAGGUUCAGAAUGCCACCAUGCAAUUCAUUUCAUAGCAGGUCACAGUCUGCGUGGCCCCACCUGGCAACACGUAUUAGUGCCAGGAACUCUUUCCCUGGGUGUCAAAUCCAUGAGCAUGUUCCUCCCCCGGGGAAGCCCUGAGCUCCACGGUACCUUGGAAACGCACCUGCUUCUUGGGUAGACUUUGUGACUGGGGUUCGGCUUCACCCUCCAUGACCUGCCCUGUCUAGUUCCUCCCUGUGAGAAUCUCCAGAAAGCGGAUGGAACUCCGUGAAUCACUUUGUGAUGAGAUCAUUUCGGAGUCUGGUCAGCCUUCAUUGAAGAGGGUGGGGAGCCCAAAUCCUCUCAACGGAUAGCUCAUUUUUGUUGGUUUCACUCAGCAAUUUAUUGAACAAACUUUAGAAACUUGAGGGGGUCUUUUCUCCCUCUGGCCGCUGAGUUUCUUUUAAGAAAUCCACAGCUCCCAGUUGAAUCCAGGCUGAGAUUCCAGGUCUGGAAAGUGAAACUUUUUGAGAACUCAGUCGACUUCUGAGAAUGGGGUGCUAGACAAUUCUGACAUCUUUUAGACCGUCAACUUUCUUUUCUGAGUUGAGAUUGCGCUGUUCUGGGGCAAGGAGGUGGGAGGUGUCUUGAGAGCUCUGCCACUCGUCCCCCAGGCCAUUGGUCGGAUGUGAAGACCUGCAGUGGAGACUCCCUGUGACUCCUGCACACUGGCCUGGCCUGUAAGCUUUUCUAAAGAUCCAGGCCCUCACCCAGGCUGCUUGCAUCAGAAGUCUCGCCUGGGCCCCGGGCAGGGCACCUUCCAAGAGCUCCCUGGUGAGUCUAACACACACCAGGGACAGAACCAUCAGACUAUGGCCCCACAGUCCGUUGCAAUUCUCCCAUCCUCUUGGCUAAUUAAAUUCCGAGAUGCCACUGCGGGUUUCUCUGGUGUUAGACUCUUGUUCAUUUUUACUCCUCGCUGGGGAUAAAAUGUGUUCUCAGAGUUGGCGGGAGAAGUUUCUCAUCUUUGGAGUAUUUCUGGCCGUGAGUCGGCUUUGUGACUGUGCCCUUAGAGGGCCUUUUAAGCUGAGGAUAAUCCCUAUGGAAAUGGAUUUCAGGACACGUGGUGGUACUUGGCUCCACAGGGCAGCUCUGGUGCUGGGCUCUGGAUGGCUGGUCACUGCACAAUAUCUGGAAAUCCAGAUAAAGCCCAGACACUGCAGCUGAUGUUGUGAUAGAGACACCAAGAGAGCCUCCUGGGGGUAGCUGCCUGCACCCUAAACUCUUCAGACCUGGAUUUAGUGAGCGGUUAUAUCAAUGGUAUAAGCAAACAGGACUAGGUCUCCAUUCAGCCUGCGUACCAGCGGCCAACUUUAUUCCUUCUUAGUUUUGAAAUAAACUCUUUGAAAUUCUCUGGUGCCUUAAGGAAAAAUGAGAAAGGAAACCCCUGGGGUUUGCUGAUAUAUUUAGUCCUCUUCCCUGUGUCAGGAGAAUUUCUAGAGGAAGAGAAUCCAUACGCAGGACCUAAAACUGCUUUCAAUAAGCCCGCAGAGCUGGGGUGGAGAAUUGCAUUUCCUUUUAUCCCAUUUGAUCUUUCCCAUGACCGCUCCAUGCCUGGUGUCCGUGCAGUGAAGAGUCAUGAACUGACACCGUGGCCAUGGCUGUGAUAAGGCACAGACCGAUAGCACCUCUAUCUGAUGGUAGAAAAAGGGAAGGAAAGACAAAUGACUGAGAUUGUUAAAGUAGCUGAAGACUUUAUUUCAACUCUGUGUCAAUGUGUUUGAACGUGCUACGAUGCAGUGUUUGUAAGCAGGACACUGAAGUGAUGGGGAGAAUGCUGUCUGUCCAGUGAUGUGACAGCUAUUAACCUAGACUUCUCAUGGGGACAAGGGCAAAGUCUGCCCCUAACAGAGGAGGGGUGAGCUCUGGAGAGGUACUCUGGGUUUGAACUCUGGAUGUGCCAAGCAGCCAUGCAGGCUUGGGCGUGGUGCUUGUGUCCCCAGCUUUUCUCAGGAACAGGGCCGGGGGGUGUGGGAUCCUGGGGGGAGCGCAUGGUUUUUAUGCACUCAGAGCAUGUUAGAGGACACCAGGAGCCCUGCCUCUUCCCCGUGACAGCAGGCUCUGCAGAUGCCUCUCAGAGGGAUGCUGGAGCAUCUACCACCACCCUGAGCUGGGGACCGCGUCCAUCUCUUCCACAGCGCAGGUUUUCACCGCCUGCUUUUUGAUGGUCAGGCAGGGAAGAGCCAGUGGAUCACUGGCAGAGAUUAUGAGUAAGAUUUGUGGGUUCAUUUUGGCAGAUCCUCCAGGGCCUCCUUACUCUUUCCUAGUUGAAUCCUGGGCAGAGAUCCCAGGAAAUCUGUGAAGCACAACAUCGGUUUGGAAAGUGUGUGUUUUUACACUGGAUCCAAAAUGCACAGAAAGUCCACCCCUUGUGGCUGCGUGGACAGGCAAGGACUCCUAGACGACGGCGGGAUAAGCCCCCCACGGUGGGAUGUGCUGCUCACCGGGUGGUCCAGCACCAGGAGCAGACCCCCUUCCUUUUGGAUGCUCUUCAGCAGGACCCUCCUCUGGUGCUGGGCCAGUGGGUGUCCCGUCAUGUCUGCCAGCAGGGAUGUGACAGAGCCAGCCACCAGGAGCUGCUUCUCAGAUUCCUGAUCCCUGGGACUUGGGCUCAUCUCUCCCUUCCAGGUUUUCAAGAUUUGUAACAAUUGCUCCAUCUUGUGUGAACCAGGCCAGGAUUUCCCCUUGUUACCCAGAUGUAUUUUUCUAUGUUAG